AUGGCUCUAUCAGUUGGAGUAGAAAGAAUCAAUGUCUUCAGAGACUCCUCAAUCGUGAUUUGUCAAAAUCAAGGGAAAUGGAGAACAAGAGAUGACAAAUUGAAGACCUAUCAGGAACAUCUGGAGCAGAUGGUCAAGUAUUUCAAAGAGAUUUCUUUUGAAUACUUGCCAAGAGAUAGCCUUCGAUUUGUAGACACUUUAGCUACUUUAGCCUCUAUGGUGGAAUGCAGUCCAAAAGCCAAAAUUCAUCCUUUCUUGGUUGAUAGAAGGACCAGGCCGGCAUAUGGAGAACCAAUCAAUCUAUUGACAGUAGAUGGGAGAGCAUGGAUAACCUACUAUAUAAGAGGUCUUAUGAUGGCAUACAAUUGUUAUGCGUGGAUGAAGAUCAAGCCUAAACCGCCAUGGAAGAAAUCCAGCAAGGAAUCUGUGGGCCUCAUAUGA